CCAUGGCGAUUUAGCGCCCGAGCGCUCUAAAAAUUCAUUCAUGUCCACUGUUAAUCAUCACUGCCUCCUCAAUUUUCCUCAUAUUGCACCGCCGGUUUAUCGGCCGAAACUUCUUCUGCCUCCGUUAUCUCUUUCUUCUCUCUCGCUCAAUGGAAAACCUGAGCGCUUUUUUCCCCUCUCUGCGUCUCUGUCUCUUUCACCAGUAACCAUCCAUGAGCGUUCUUCCUCAUCUUCUUCUUCGUUCGAAAGUGAAGAAGCGAAAGAGAGUGAAUCUAUUAUUGAUGGGUUUUUCUAUCUGCUUCGCUUGUCCGCUCAGUACCACGACGUCGAGGUAACGAAAGCCGUGCACGCUUCGUUUCUAAAGCUUAGAGAAGAAACUAUCGAUCUUGGAAAUUCCCUAAUUUCAGCGUAUCUCAAACUAGGUUUCCCUCGCGAUGCUUUCCUCGUCUUCGUCUCGCUGUCUUCACCAACGGUGGUUUCUUAUACAGCUCUCAUCUCGGGAUUCGCCAGAUUAAACCUAGAAAUCAAGGCCCUUAAGCUUUUCUUCAGGAUGAGAAGCGAAGGUCAAAUCCAGCCUAAUGAGUUUACUUUUGUCGCGAUUUUGACUGCCUGCGUCAGGAUUUGUCGAUUCUCGCUGGGUAUUCAGAUUCAUGGUUUGAUAGUCAAAUCAGGUUUUUUGAAUUCUGUGUUUGUUGGUAAUUCGGUGAUGAACUUGUACGCUAAGCACCCUGGGUCGUCGAUUGAUGAUGUGCUUCAGUUGUUUGAUGAAAUUCCUCACAGAGACGUGGCUUCGUAGAACACUGUGAUUUCGAGUUUGGUGAAAGAGGGCAUGUCUGAUAAAGCUUUUGGUUUGUUUUAUGAGAUGAACAGAGUUGAAGGAGUGGGGGUUGAUAGCUUUACCCUCUGAACGUUUUUGAGCUCUUGUACUGGUUCCAGUGACUUAACGAGAGGCGGAGAACUUCAUGCUCGUGCAAUUAGAGUCGGCCUGAAGCAAGAGUUGAGUGUGAAUAACGCUCUAAUUGGCUUUUAUGCUAAAUGCGGGGAUAUUAAAAAGGUAGAGAAUUUGUACGAGAUGAUGAAUGUGAGAGAUGGCUUUACUUUGACGGAGAUGAUCAUAGCUUACAUGACAUUUGGAAUGGUGGAUUCUGCUGUCGAGAUGUUUGAGAAGAUACCUGAAAAAGACGUUAUUACCUAUAAUGCUCUAAUGGCUGGGUUGUGUAGAAACGGCCAUGGCUUGAAGGCAUUAAAAUUGUUCACUGAAAUGCUGCAGAGAGGUGUGUUGACCGAUUUCAGUCUAACAAGCGCCGUAGACGCUUGUAGUUUAGUUUCAGAGAAGGAAGUAAGCGAACAGAUUCACGGGUCUUGCAUAAAGUUUGGAUGUGCUUCGAAUCCUUGUAUCCAGACCGCAUUGCUUGAUAUGUGCACAAGGUGUGCAAGGAUGUCAGAUGUUGAGGAGAUUUUUGAGCAGUGGCCUUCUAAUCUGGAUAGCUCCAAGGCAACGACGUCAAUAAUCGGUGGUUACGCUCGGAACGGCUUACCUGAAAAGGCUUUGUCUCUAUUCCAUCGCACUCUCUGUGAAGAGAAAUUGGUGUUGGAUGAAGUUUCGUUGACUUUGAUUCUUGCGGUCUGCGGAACAUUAGGGUUUCGAGAAAUGGGUUAUCAGAUCCAUGGCUAUGCUCUUAAAGGCGGUUACUUUUCUGAUGUUGCCUUGGGGAAUACUUUGAUUAGCAUGUACUCGAAAUGCUGCUGCUCUGAUGAUGCCAUAAAGGUUUUCAACACUAUGCGAGAACACGAUGUUGUAUCUUGGAACAGCUUGAUUUCUAGCUACAUCCUUCAAAGAAACGGUGACGAGGCACUGGCUCUAUGGUUGAGGAUGAAUAAGGAAGGUAUCAAGCCUGACACAAUCACCCUUGCCCUUGUUAUUUCCGCGUUUCGGUAUAGUGAGUCAGAUAAGCUUAGUAGCUGCCGCGAUUUAUUUCUCUCCAUGAAGACUAUUCAUGACAUUGAACCAACAACCGAACAUUACACUGCUUUUGUUGGCGUUCUGGGUCACCGGGGCCUUCUUGAAGAAGCAGAAGACACAGUAAACUCGAUGCCUUUUCAGCCGGAGGUCUCUGUUUUGAGAUCUCUGCUCGAUAGCUGCAGAGUGCAUUCGAACACAAGCAUUGCGAAACGCGUAGCAAAGCUUGUACUAGGCACAAAACCUGACAACCCGUCUGACUACAUUCUCAAAUCCAAUAUUUACUCAGCUUCGGGACUCUGGCAUCGCUCUGAGAUGAUUAGAGAGGAAAUGCGGGAAAGAGGCUACCGGAAACAUCCUUCUAGAAGCUGGAUAAUCCAUGAGAACCAAGUACAUUCGUUUCACGCGCGUGACACAUCCCACCCGCAGGAGAAAGACAUAUACAGCGGAUUGGAGAUACUGAUAAUGGAAUGUCUGAGAGCUGGGUAUGAACCAGACACAGAGUUUGUUCUUCAGGAGGUUGAUGAGUUUAUGAAGAAGAGUUUUUUGUUUCCCCACAGCGCGAAACUCGCCGUGACUUAUUGCAUUCUCACGAGCAAUAAUCGGGGAAAGCCGGUCAGGGUUGUGAAGAACGUGAGGCUUUGUGGUGAUUGUCACGAGCUCUUCAAGUACGUUUCUGCUGUGGUCAAGAGAGAGAUAGUUUUGAGAGACUCUUCAGGGUUUCAUCGUUUUAUGAAUGGGAAGUGUUCUUGUAAAGAUCUCUGGUGAAUUACAACAAUUGUUAUCGCAGAUUGGUUUGUAAUGUUUCCGUUUACAGUUGUAAUUGUAAGUUGUUAAUAUGUACGAGAGUUUUGAUUGGGGCAGGGCGGAAAUUGGUAGAGUAAAAAAGUAUGGGUGUAAAAGGGGAAAUAAUGAUAAGUUUGCUUGUGUGAAGUAAACAGAGAGUAAACAGAG